CCUGACAGCUCUUGCCCUGCGCUGCCGGAACUGUCACCAUGACCCUCACCAAAGGCUCCUUCACCUACUCCAAUGGGGAGGAGUACCGCGGCGAGUGGAAGGAAGGUCGCAGGCAUGGCGUCGGGCAGCUGACAUUUGCCGACGGCACCGCUUAUGUGGGGCACUUCGAGAACGGGCUCUUCCACGGCUGUGGUGUGCUCACCUUCCCUGACGGCUCCAGGUACGAGGGGGAGUUUGUGCAGGGCAAGUUCAACGGCGUCGGUGUCUUCACCCGCUGCGACAACAUGACCUUUGAGGGCGAGUUCAAAGGCGGGCGUGUGUACGGCUUCGGUCUCCUGACCUUCCCUGAUGGCUCCCAUGGGGUGCCCCGCAAUGAGGGCUUCUUCGAGAACAACAAGCUGCUGCGGCGGGAGAAGUGCCCGGCCAUCAUCCAGAGAGCCCAGGGCGCCUCCAAGUCUGCCCACAACCUGACAGCGUGA